CGAUCAAAGAUCUGCGAACGGUUGAUUAUAAAAUAUCUUUAACAACCACAAUUGUUAAUGAGAUCCACGUUAGUUGGUCGAAAAGUUUGGAGGCAAUUGUUUUGAGAAAUUCACGUUCCUGGUUGGAACAAUUACGUGAAGGUUUAGAAAAGGUGGUGGACAAGAUCGUACCAGAUAAUUUUCAACUUGACGAAAAAGUGAUCAAGGCCUUCAAGGACUUGGAUGAUAUCGUCGAACCGAAAUUAAAAGACGCAACUGUCCAUCCCGAACUUGAGUGGGAUGCGGUCGUGCGCAAAUCUAAUGAUCUGUGCGAAGAAGAAGUCAAAUUUGUUCGUGAAAGGAAGGUUUUUAUCCGUGAAGCGUUUGCAAAGUAUGUAGGUGUCGAUGUAAGCGAGAUCCACGUUGACGAUAUCCCGGAAAUUACGUUUAUGGGAAGCGGCGGUGGAUUUAGAGCCAUGAUCGCAGUGACAGCUUACUUCUCCUGCUUAAAAGAAGCCGGGCUUUACGAUUGCGGUGUAUACAUCUCAGGACUCAGCGGCAGUUGUUGGAAUUUGGCACAACUCUAUUCCUCGGUUGCACAAUUGCAUGAAAAUCCACUUCAGGCUCUCAUUGAAUUUUACCAAACAAAACUCGGUCACGGUCUUGCCAGUGGACACGGUGUUCUCAUGAACCUCGCUCAAAAUGCCUCCCCAGAAUCAGCUGUUGAAUUAACGUUCGGUGGUUUGUUACAGAAAAAAAAUACUGGGAUGAAACUGACGAUCAUGGACCUUUAUGGCGCAUUGUUAGCCGUGAAACUCAUGUUGGGUUCGGAUCCGUCAAAACAACAUAGCGACUUUAAACUAAGCCAUCAGAGAAAGUACUUGGAAGGUGGAAAGAAUAUGAUGCCUCUUUACGUCGCAGUUGAACAAAUUCGCCCGUGGAAGGAUUCCCUUGAACCAGAAGACGCAGCAUUGAUUCCAAACUACGAACAAGUUUUGGAAGAACAUAAAAAGAAACCAGAUCAUUACCGAUGGUACGAGUUUAAUCCUUAUGAAGUUGGGUCCGACGAAGCUACCGCCUGGAUUCCCGCUUGGGCAUUUGGUCGAAAAUUUGAGUCCGGGAAGAGCCUUGAACGUCACCCCGAACAAAACCUUGGAUUAUUAAUAGGUUUGAUAGGAGCGGCGCCGUCCGGGCCGCUUAUCUCGGACAUUACGCAAUUCCUGCUACUUCUUCCUGAAGGAAAAUUUAAAACCGAAUUUAAGAAGACAUAUGACGAGGCUAUGGAAAAAAUAGGACCCUACAAGAAACAAGAAUUCGAAGGCAUGCAUCCUGUAUCACAACCACAGAACUAUAGUUUCAUAUACCGCCUCAAUCCACCACCAUAUGAACUUGGUCCCACUAACAAUAAAAAAUUUGGCCUAAUUGAUUCCGGCGUAUCCAAUGAUUUUCCGAUGUACCCAAUAACUCAUCCAAACCGAAAAAUCGAUGUCGUAAUCGGAUUCGAUUGCUCAAGU